UUUUGUCUUGAGCAUUAUAACACUUUGUGUUGGAAAUUUAGCUUUGUCAGGGUGAACUGCAAGCAUGCAUGGGGCGUGAAGCUGGAUGGGAUUAGGCCAUAACUAAUGCUAUGGCUAAUAUUUAGGCUUUGAUCCUGAUUAUUAGUUGUUGCAGUGUGAAAAGCUGCCAUAAUUAUGUUUGAGAUGGAGUCUGAAGAUGCCAUCCCUGAAAAACUAGUUGAGGGUUUGAAACUCUCAGAAGACCAAAGCUACAUUUCACAAACGGAAUGCGAUAAUGUGCACAUCCCCAGAAUUAGUGAAGCCAGAGAAGAUGAUGACCUCUUUCAUGACUGCAAUGACUCCUUUGAAUCAAGAGUGACAGAAGAGAAUCACAACUGUGAGGUAGAUUCUUCAGAGAAGCAAACAGAUCUAGAUGAAAAAUACCUAUUAGAAUUGGAGAAAGAUAUGUCAGAGGAAGAAAAACAGAAGAGAAGAAAUGAGAGCAUAAAGCUAAAAGAAGAAGGAAAUGAGCAAUUUAAGAGAAAAGAAUACGAAGAAGCUGAAGAUUCUUAUGCAAAAGCCUUGAAAGUCUGUCCAGCCUGCUACAGCACAGAUAGAUCUGUUUUGUAUUCAAACAGAGCUGCAGCCAGAAUGAAACAGGACAAGAAAGAAGCUGCCAUAGGGGACUGCAGCAAAGCCCUUGAAUUAAAUCCAGAUUACAUCAAGGCACUAUUGAGGAGAGCAGAAUUGUAUGAAAAAACAGAAAAAUUAGAUGAAGCUUUAGAAGAUUACAAAAAUGUAUUGGAAAAGGAUCCCUCAGUACAUCAAGCAAGAGAAGCUUCUCUGAGAUUGCCGAGGCAAAUAGAAGAACGAAAUGAAAAACUUAAGAAAGAGAUGUUGGGAAAACUGAAAGACCUUGGGAACUUUGUUCUCCGCCCAUUUGGCUUGUCAACAGAUAACUUCCAGAUGAAGCAGGAUUCGGCCACUGGCUCGUACUCCAUCAACUUUGUUCAAAACAACAACCGAUAACGUAAGCCCAACCUUGAAGUCUGAUGAUGGAAGGCAUGUUUCCAAGUGAAUGAAAAAUGGAUUGAGUUCACGACAUCUUUAUCCAGAUAAAAAGAUCUGAGCAUAUUGCUAUGCAUUUUUUUCUUCUGUGGAGUAAUUAGCAGGCAUGAGCAACUAUGAGAAGUAGUCUGAUCCAAAGGGAUCUGACCAUAUGCACUUUAUUCGGGUACUCUCCAUUCUUCCCAAUGAGGAAAUAAGGAAAACUUGGCUUUGCUAAAUGGAAGAAUCCCACUGGGCCUAUCUCCGUUAACAAAGUGCAACCAUUUCAUGUUUUGUGAAGUUUGCAAACCUUAGUUGCAAUUGGUGUGGUGUGAGAGAGUUGGUGUUUUUACCUUCGUGGAAUAAAAAAAUGAUGGUCCUCCAGGCUCCACUGUUGCCAUUUUUUCAAAUGCAAAACAACCUUAUUCAGUUCUUUC